GCCCUCCAAUGAUCCCCUUGAGCCUGUGUAAGCAUCAGGUCAAAUCAGUUUUAAAAAAUAACAGAAAAGUUGUUAGAUUUUUUUGUUUGUUAGUUAGUUCUUUUUAGUUCUGUUUCCAUCCCGCAUAGUAGGUGGCGGGAUGCACAUUCAAUUGUGUGAUCGCCAAUACACCAUAGAAGAAGAAUGAUGUAGCUAUAAAAAUUAAACGUGCCCGGUGAUGGUACGGUAGCAGCAACUUCGCAGCGGUGCAUUGACACGUGUCUUUUCAGGUGUCAGUCCGGAGUGCGUCUAGACCAGUAAAGAUGUCCAUGGUCCUGUUUGCCUUGGUGAUGAGGAGUACGGAUGGUCUACCCCUGUCUGCCACCACAGACUAUGAGCAGGACGAAGGCCUACAGGAAACCAAGAAGCAGAUCAAAACUCUGUCUGAGAAACUCUCCACGUUCCCAAGCCGCUGCUCUCUGAAGACAGGAAAGUUCAAUAUCCAUUUCACCAGUUCUCUGGGAAUAGGAUAUCUGGUGGUGUGUACGGAGAACUGUCCCAACGCCAUGGCCUUCUGUUUCCUGGAAGAGAUGCAAAACGAGGUUCUCCAAAGGUGCGACGGCUUUCUCAUCCGCAACGCUGUGAGGCCUUACUCCUUCAGAGAGUUUGACGACUUCCUCCAGGAUACGAAGCAGCGCUACAAUAGCUCCUGCUCUCUGACCUCUAAGAUCAACCUGGCUGACAUGCAGUCAGAGCUCAAGAUGAUACCGACAUACCAGCUGUCCGCUGAGGACCUACGGUUCGGCUUCUCACGCCGCAAGGUCUUCCAGUACAAGAGCAUAACUCCCAGCCAGCAGUUUGAGCCGGUGUCUCUACCUGGCACCAUCUCCUGUGUGCUAAGCAUCUUCUGUGGAGGCCUCAAUCUACUCCAAGGGUUUCAUGCCAUAGAGGGCUUUAUGCAGAGUUACAACGACGAAGACUUUAAUGACAUGAUUUCCUUUUUCCUGGGCACAGCAGCCGGUUUGUAUCAGUUUUACCUGUUUGCUUACUUCUCUGUGAGGAGGAACAGCAAGUCAUUCCUGGCCUUCGCCCUGAUCUGUCUGUCCAACAUCUUCCUGUUUGAACUGAGGAACAUGUGGCAGAUCCUCUUCCAUGUGACUGUAGCGGCCUUCAUGACACUACAGAUCAGACUGAGGCAGCUGCAGUGCAAAUCUCCGGACUACAACGUCUGACAAACCGCGAGACUUACAACCAAACAACAGAGGGGGGGACUAAAACAAACCAACUUUGUCUGAAAGAUACUUACCUCUUUUCCUUAGACAUUGUAGUGGUUUCUAGUUUUGCUGUUGGUGGUAUCUCUGACUUUAUCUUCCUCACGUUGUGUCUCCACCACAGCUCAGGAUUGCUGGAUGCUGAGCUCACUCUAGAGUGACCUCCAAAGUGAUGCAGACCAAUAGGAUUAAUGGGUGGUGCCGCUACAGCUAAAUUAUUAGUUAAUUGGCUAAUAACACUCAUGAAUGUCUUUGGUGGAAUUAACAGGAGUCUGAACAGGGGUUUCUGUCAGACUAUUAGGACAUGUUAGUAAAUUGGACUACUGGAGACCAGGGUUUCUUAAUGUGGUCCUCUUUUUGCCAUGUGUACUGCAUGUCCAGUGAGGGUUAGGCCAGUACUCAACUGUCAUUCUCUGAAUCCAUGACAUCCCAUACGUGUCUCACAUGCUUAGACCAUAUUUGUAGUUCUAUUUUUUUGUUGUUGACAUGGCUAGUAAAUAUUUGUAUUGAUUAUGAAUUUACUUUUGAAUAAAUGAUGUGCAUGAUUAUGGUCUACUUUUAUUUUGGCCAGUGAUUGUUUUUUUUUUUUUUUUUUGAGGCAUGUAAUUAUGAACACUUACUAAGCCUAAUGUUCAUGUUUUACUUUUUGUUGCAGGCAUCAGUCAUAUGCUAUUGCUUGAUAGAGUUGGGUAUGGCAUAUGUUUAAACAAGUGGUGUUAUCCCACUGUCAGCAUUGUCCUCAUCUUGUCAACUGACAGACCCCUGGUGCAGAGGUGGUGCUGCUGGAAAUGAUUUUAAUUUACCUGUGAGCCCUCACCAACCCCAUAUUUGAGGGUAUUAGUUAAUUUACUGAUGAGUUAAGCAAUUGUGCAAUGAGUUAUGGUUUUUAUUUUGGGCGUAUCCAUGGCCAGUGUCAGACUAGAUCUAUUAUCUCCACUCAUGCAGUGACUAAACAUGGAACCAUGUAUAUCUGGGGACUGACUACUGGACUGAUUCAAUCCUUAAAGGUCCAGUAUUUUUAUUUGAAUAUUUCUGAGUAACAAUUUAAGAACCUUAGUGUGAUUUGUUUUCAAUUAAUAUGGUCAAAUCAACCCAGCUUAGUAAUUUCUCAAGCAAGGAUUUUUGCUAGGACUGUCAGUGGUCUGAGGGAAACUGAAAACUAGCGGGAACUCUUGGUCUAUUAACAAAUGUAUGGCUUGGUGAAACCAGGCAGGUCAAAACUACAUGACACCAAAACAAUCUGAAAUUUCACGUGGUCAUUUCAAACCGCUCUUAUACUUGUGAUGACCCUCCCACUCUGCCCUAUUCUUUCUCUUUGCUCUUGUUUUCCUUUAUUAUAGGAUGUCGGUGGGUGGAGCCGGGAGGGUCGUCAGUGAAAUGGGACACACCUUUGUCCUGGAAUAAAUAGACCUUUUCCCCAUUCAUUGAGACUCCACAGACACUUGUUGGAUUUUGGUUGUGGCUGUUUUUGGUCGUUUUGUUUUGGCACCUUUCAAAACCCCUCAUUACAUCUAUGCAAGCACUCACUUGCACUACUGACUACAUACACCAUUGUUAAUUGUAUAUUGUUUACUUUAGUUAAGGAAUAACAAAUAGAUUUUUGUUAUGGGCUUUGAGCCGGUUCGUGACACACGGUAUUUUCACAGUAUUAGUCACACCUCAGUGUGGCGAUAGAUAUCUAAAUAAAUGAAACAUGUUUUGGACUGCA